CCACGGAGAGAUUGGCUUUGGCGACACGUGACUCGCUCAUCGAAUAAGCGGUCAGCACCAGUCAGGGCUUCAUCAUUCUGCCGUCACAGCCCCCUACGCGUUCACUUUUCAAUACUCCCGACAUGGCCUCGCUAUCGCGUUCGCUCUCAGCUAUAGGCUGCCGCGUCGAGGACCUGCAUCCCGUGGCUCUGCUGCGCAUCUUCUACCUCGCUGCGUCUCUUCUUAUCCUCGUCAUUCAGGCUGUUCCUGCCCUGCGCUCGCGCUUUCUUGCUUAUGGCUCCCGCGUCACCUGCGUGAGCAGGAGUAAGGAGCCACUCGUUCAGCAGCAGUCAACGCUCACCCGUACCCUCGACUACGCUGCGUCGCUACAAGUGCCCCACAACUACUUCACCCACUUCUACAUCACAUCCGUGCUCUGCUCGCUGUUCUGGGCAUGGAAACUACACGUUUGGGAAGCUGGCAGGCAGCAGCAGAUUGUCUGGGCGCUCCUGCUGCUUCAGGGCCUGCGACGCAUGCUCGAGUCGUACGCAUACACUUCGACGAGCAAGAGCCGGAUGUGGUUCGCCCAUUGGGUUCUAGGUCUUCUUUUCUAUAUCACGAUAAACAUGGCUAUCUGGGUUGAGACACCCAGCAAUGCCGCCGGUAACUGGGCAUUUGUGCCGGGUGUUAUCACUGCGCAAAUGCUGCAACAUUCCUACCACAGCUACCUCUACCGCCUCCGCACCGAGAGCAACGGCUACCAGCUCCCCUCGCAUACCGUAUUUCCAAACCUACUCUGUCCGCACUAUACCUGCGAGGUCGUCAUCUACGCGCUAUUGUCGCUCAUAGCAGCUCCUGGGGGCACCUGGGUCAAUUGGACACUGGCCUGCGCGGCUGUAUUCGUCGCUACAAACCUGGGAGUGACAGCCGUCGGGACAAAGGAGUGGUACGUGGAGAAAUUUGGUGCCGCCAAGGUAGGUCCGCGGAAGAGAAUGGUCCCUGGCAUCUGGUGAGACGCAUUGAUCGUAGAAGAGAAAGCUGUUCGAUGCCUUCCCCAAUGACCACGGCACUUUUCGCUGUACAUAUGCCCGAUCGCAUUACCUCGUGCUUUCAAAGGCUGCAAGCGCAAUCUUUGUUGCUAUCUGUACACACCUCCGACACUUGGUCCCACCGCCUAAAGUGGUCUUCCGUAGUGAUGACGACAGGCGGGAUGGAUUUUGUACUUCCCGCGCCGCCUAC